UAAGGUUAGUCUCAUGAAUCAGCCGCCCUUCCUAGGUCUCUCACUUAGGAAGGGCGGCUAAUUCAUGAGACUGGCAUGCAAUUAACCAUAGAUAUAAGAAGGGAGAGGGAUGGGAAACGGAGCACGUGCGCACAAUCACUUCUGUGUAAUGCCAAAAGGUUGAUCCGAGUUGCGGCUCUAGACACCCCGCCAACCCAGCGGGAAAUGUUAUUACUAUCAUUCACAGCUCCCCACUGGGACUCUUAGUACUGUGCUGAGCAUCCACAUCUACUGUGCAUCAUAUAGAAGCGUUGCGUAUCUCACCAAGAGCUUGAAAACUUUCAAAGGCAGUUUUUUGAGUGUUGUAUUAUCGUUUCGGCUCUAUCUAGUGGCUUUGUGUACCUUCUACAAGGAGAGGCUGAGACUACAGCCCAAAAUAUUAAUGAUUCCCUCUUUCUUAAGUAGCUGGGCAUUGUAUGCAAGUAAAAUCAAAGCCACUUGGCUUUAGGUUGGACCUGCAUGAAAACCUACCAUUAUGGUGGAUGCAGCAUUCCUAUCCAAAUGAAAAUUUAUCUAUCUAUCUAUCUAAUGAGCAAAGGUUAAGUGCUUCGCGCCUCCUCUGAGAAAGACCUCUAGUGAGAGGGGCUGGGAUAGAGGCUAAGUGUGUGGUUAUAAUUUUUGUUCAUUAAACGUGACCCUAUUGACCCUGGCAUCUUACUGUAACCAGCCCCUCCCCCUAAUAUUAUGUCAAGAGAUCGACUAGAUGGCUGAGGGAAAGUCACAGGAUAAAAGUCGUUUCAGGAGGGUAGCUCAUAUCGUUAAACUGAUUCUAAGAGUGUUUACACCACACAAGUCAGUGAACACCAGUGUAUAUGAAAGUCCUAGGAGGCAUCUUAAUCUUGAGCAGCUAGCUCUUUACGAUGGACUACAUAUGAUUGCUGAGGGCAUACAUCAGAGGUUGCAAAGAGUCCAAUCUCAAGAUCAGGGAGUUGAAGGUCCUGCAAGCCAACAUGCUUAUCAACUCAUAGGAUUUUCACAACAAGUGAAAGACAUUCUUUGCUGUCCACCCUGGAACAGAACUAUGAUGGAUAUUGAAGUGGUUAGAAAGGAUCUCCAAAAGAGUUAUGCAUUCCAGGACUACCCUUCUGUUUUUCAGACAGCAUUAUGUAGAGUGGCUUGGUAUCAAUAUUUAACUGAUGGCAGAACAUUCAUUAGAGCUGGUGAUCGGGCGUCAGCUUUCUACAUCAUUCUAUCUGGAAAAGUGAUAAUCACUAACCACGAGGCUGGAGAGAAUACACUACAUGGAGGAGACACAUUCGGGGAUAUUGAAAUCAACUCUGGCUCAAGAAGAUUGAGCACGUGUACUGUGUCAGGUUCCACAGAGCUGCUAGUCAUUAGCAAGAGUGACUAUCUUGAUAUCGGCUUACGCCAAGCUCGAAAGAGCUAUCAAAAAGCAAAGCCGUAUGAGUUUUGUCGAUCAAUCAACCUUCUAAAGUAUUGGCCCUUGGUUGACUUAGAGAAGCAGACGGAUAUGUGCAAGAUAUUUUAUUGCAGGGCGAACCAUGUUGUUGUGAAAGACAGCAAGAAGUCAGACUGGAUCUACAUAGUCAUGACAGGAACUUGUCGUGUGGUCAAGAGGUUUGUGGACACUCCACCUAGGAGAACAUCAAUGCAAGUCAUUCCAAAUGGUGAAGGGCGAAAGGUACCCACAAAGGGAGGUACGCUACCAGAGUCUCCCCUUCUUACUGAGCAGACACUCGUACAACGGCCACGUGAUCGACUUAGGCACUCAUAUACCACAGGAAAUAUCCAGACAAUGGAAGCAAGUCCUAGACCACCAGCCAGGAAACAAUUCUUAGUGCAACUUGACAUUCUACACCCAAAAGAUAUCUUUGGUUUGUCAACACUUGUACAUGAUCAUGAGCCAAGCGUUACACUCAUGAGCAAUGGAGCCGAGCUUGUGGUGUUGGCUAAAUCCUUCAUAUCGACUCACAUGACAGAAUCACUCCAAAAUAAACUAAGGAGACAAGUUGUUGAAUACCCCUCUGAAGAAUCUAUGAGAAAACGCAUCAGAGAUCACUACACAUGGAACACUUUAAAGCAAGUACAACAUGCCAAGAGAAAGCUUUGACUGUAUUGGUACAUAAUGAAUUAAAACAAGAUACGAUAAUUGUUUUGUAAAAAUUGUAAAUCUAACAAUAAAAAUUAAGUUUCUAAG